AUGAAGCACGGCCAGCAGAACUUGCCACAUGCAGAGAAUGACCACGCCAAAAUCGCGGUCCUGAUUUCUGCGCCAUCACCACCAAAGAUUUUAAAUGGAAUUUCGCAGACAUCGAUCAGCCGUCGAUGCUCGAAGGGGGUUGUAUCAGACGUCGGGAGCGGAGAUCCGUCCGCAGCAGGCCGGACGAAGGAAAUACCCAGCUCAGGUGUCUUGGGACAGAGGAGAACCUUUGUUGCUAAGGACCGGCACAGGGGACGCAUGAUGAUGGAAGACAUAAUUCAUUGGCCAAUGAUAGCUAGCUCAUCUUUAUUCCGCCAAAAGGGGGCCCCCAAGGCGCAGACAACUACGGAGAUAUCCCGCGUGUGGAGCAAAAAGGGAGAGGGAAAUGGCAUCAGACUUAAUUUCGUGGCGUUCUUAGUGGCUCCGCAUCCAGGGUUCCUACAGGCAUCGCUGCUCAACACCACCUCUGGCGUUGCUCCCGUUUCAAGCCCGUGA